UGAAUAAGUGAGCCGAAACAAAAAAAUGGAAUUCCCGCAUUUUCAUUGCGUAGGUUUCAAUAUGGUGUGCAAUCCGGCUUAAAAGGCAGCUGCCCUUAGUGCGACCAGAACACUAACCAUCCAACUCUGCAUUAGAAUGGUGCCUCUGCAAGUAGUGAUAAUCGCCUUCGUGCUGGCUCUGGCCCCGGGUUAUGGGGCCGUGAACACUGUGGAAACGGUGGCGGAGUGGCUCCAGCUGGAGUUCGGUUUUCCCACGACCCAGGACCAGGAGAGUGCCAAGGCGGCUGGUAAUCUGGUGCCCGAGAAUGGAACUCCCAUCGAUGUCCAGCCCCAGUAUCUGUCCAAUGGGACACUUAGGCUGUUCACCACCAUUCCUAGGUUUGUCACUGGCGUUCCCUAUACACUGGCCACCGUUUCCUCGACGAAUGGCACUAAUGGUCCUGUGCUGCAGCCGUAUCCCAGUUACGACUGGCACAAUGACAACGGCGACGACUGCGAUAAGAUCACCUCCAUCACCGAGUGCAACCAGAUGUGGAUCGUGGAUACGGGUUCGAUUGGCACCACCACGUACUGUCCACCGCAGUUGCUGCAAUUUGACCUGAAUACCGAUACCCUGCUGCAUCGCUACCGUUUUCUUAAUUCCACCUACACCCCAAGUGCAUCCCUCUUCAUCACUCCCAACGUUCUGGUUAAGGAUCCUGCACCCGCGGGAACUUGCAAUAACACCAUGGUCUAUGUGGCCGAUGUGACUUUCCACGGCCUGAUGGUUUACGACCACGAGGCCCAGACCUCCUGGAGGGUAGAGAACCGCUUCAUGUACCCCGCUCCGGAUCACGGCAAGCACAUCAUUGCUAACGAGACCUUCUACCUGAUGGAUGGCCUCUUUGCACUCACCAAUGACAAGACCAACCUCUACUUCCAUCCGAUGGCCACUGCGAGCGAGUACGCCGUGCCACUGAGUGCUCUCAACAACCAGGAUAACUGGGCCAAUAACCCGGAGGCGUUGCCGGAGCAGUUCACCCUGCUCGGCAGCCGUAGCAGCGAGUGCGCCGCUUCCGCCAUCGAUAGCCUAAACAACAUCUACUGCGUCACCUUUAAUCCCAUCCAGCUCAUCUCGUGGAACACAAAUACGACCUACACUCCGGAGAAUUUUGUCGUUUUGCCGGCAGAGGCCGAUGAGCUGGAGUUCGUCAGCGGAAUGAAGGUGGUGAAAAAUCCCGAGGGGCAGGAAGAACUGUGGUUGAUCUCCAACCGCUUCCAGAAAAUCGCCGAUGGCACUUUGGAUUUCAGCGAGAUUAACUUCCGCAUUCUGCGUCGCAACUUGGCUGAUCUUCAGUGAGGCGUCUUCUUUUCCAACGACGAAGAUCUGUCCAAUCGUCUUGUGGUUUAACUAGUAAUUUGAUUAAACCAAUUAAAUUG